UUCAAUUUUAAGUCACAAGUUAACUACACUUCACACCAAUAUUCUCCUCCACUUUCCAAUAUUCACCCACCACUACCGAACUCUCUCUCCAUCGCCUCCCUCCGUCGUCUCAUCUUCCACUGCCGAAGGCACAUCUCCUCCCUCCUCUUGGCCCACCACCGAAGACAACUCCCUGUCUUCAGCCUAAUUUCUUAUUUCCUUCCUGUUUACCACAAUUUUCUCACUCACAGGUUUUCUGCAACACAAAGCGGCAGAGGUCGGAGCUGGUUGUGAUGGACGGUCUCGCAAUUUAAAAGUUGUGUACCCAUUUGAUUAAUUCAUUCUCCAAGCUUCAAUUUAUCAUUCUUAUUUAAUCUUAAACUAAUUUUUUCUUUCUUCUUUUUGUUUUUGUUAGGUUAUCCACCUUCCUCUAAUCCCCCAAUCAUCACGGGUGGACGAUCUAGUUUCAAAGAAGGAAAUGGACACACUUGAGAAUAAAGCUGCUGAGUUAAACAAGGAUUCUUUCAAGUAUGCGUGGGUUCUUGACAAACUCAAGGCUGAGCGCGAAAGAGGUAUCACAAUUGACAAUUCUAUGUUGAAUUUUGAGACAACCAAGUACCGCUGCACUAUCAUUGAUGCCCCCGGACACAGGGAUUUCAUUAAGAACAUGAUUACUGGGACAUCCCAAGCUGAUUGUGCUCUUCUUAUCGUUGAUUCCACUCCUGCUGGUUUUGGAGCCGGUAUUUCCAAUAAUGGUCAGAUCCGUGAACAUGCUCUCCAUGCUUACUCUCUUGGUGUCAAGCAAAUGAUCUGCUGCUGCAACAAGAUGGAUGCCUUUGGUCACCUAUCCUUCAAGAGUAGGUUUGAAGAAAUUGUGAGUCAACUUUCAUCAAUUUUGAUGAACGUUGGCUAUAAACAAGACGAAGUUACAUUUGUUCCCAUCUCUGGUUUUGAGGGAGAUAACUUGGUUGAGCCCUCUACAAAACUUGAUGGGUACAAGGGUCCCACCCUUCUUGAAGCUCUUGACCGAAUCAACGAGCCUAAGAGGCUAUCAGACAAGCCUCUCCGAUUACCACUUCAGGGUGUCUACAAGAUUGGAGGAAUUGGAGCUUUGGCUGCAGGAUGUGUCAGGACUGGUGUCUUGAAACCUGGAAUGGUGGUGACUUUUUCCCCAAAUGGCCGGCAAGGUGAGGUGACGUCUGUGAAGAUGGACCAUGAAGAUCUUUCCGAGGCCCUUCCUGGUGAUAAUGUGAGAUUUGCUGUUGAGAAUGUGUCUGAUGCACAUCUCAGCCGAGGCUAUGUUGCCUCAAACUCCAAGCAUCACCCAGCCAAGGAGGCCAUUAACUUUACAUCUCAAGUUAUCAUCACGAAUCACCCUGGCCAAAUUGAAAAGGGUUAUACACCUGUUCUUAACUGCCACACCUCCUACAUUGCUGUCAAGUUUGCUAAGCUUCUUGCCAAGGUAGACAGGUUUUCUGGCAAGAUAAUUGUGAAGGAGCCCAAAUUCUUGAAGAAAGGUGAUGGUGGCAUUAUUCAGAUGAUUCCCACCAAGCCCAUGGUGGUAGAGACUUUUUCUGAAUAUCCUUCACUCGGCCGUUUUAUUGUCAGAGAUACGCAUCAAACUGUGGCUAUUGGAAUCAUCUUGGUUGUGAACAAGAAGGAUCCUAGUGAAAGAGGUAAGAUCACGCAAGUCCACAUUGAAAACGCAGACUGUUUUGCAGAUAUGGGGCAAACAUCGCAUGAGGGGUUGUUGAGCUUCACACUGCAGGUGUUGUUUGCAUGAGUUUAAAGCCUGCUUCUUGAUGUGAAUGGUCAUGCCGUGGUUUCUGAUAAUGGACCUGCUACAAUUCUGAAGAAGCCUUCUCGUUUGAUGGAUUGACCGGAGUGCAAUUCCACUAAAGAUCCAGAGGCCUGGGAACCUGUGAAGAAGUAAUUAAAUUUGUUCUGAGAUGAUGGAAUAGAUAUAUCUCCCGAAUCAGAUGCCUGGACUUUUGGUUGUACAUUGGUAAAGAAGUGCACGCGCGCCAUUCCCUACAUUGCAUCUUUAAGCGACCUUGUUAAGGGCUUUGUAUCAAAUGUGCCGGAGGCUUCCCCAGUACCUGAAUUAGAGCUUCCGGUAGACCAAAUCUGAUGGGGAUGUCACUGGUGUUAGGUUGGUGUCCAAAUUUUUAUGGCAUGAGCUAGCUUUCUUGCCAAAGCUGCAUCGGAAAAUGAAAGCAACUUCAAAUCUUCUAUAUUGGAAGCUCUAAAUGCUGAUGGGCAAACGGCUCUCGACUUCGCUUGGGGACUGGUAUUAUCUUGAUGACUUGCAGUUGCAUUUGGGUGACUGGUAUUUUCUUGAUGGUUUGGGGCGCGAAAGAGGGCCAUCAUCGUUUUUAGAUCUACAGUCUUCAGUAGACCAAUGUAUUAUAAAGAAGUAUAGCAGGAAAUGUGAUAAACUCUAGGUUUCUGUUACCUCUUCCACAGAAACUUAUGAUGUCAGUCUCAAAAGCCACCAAGAAAGCAGUUCAGUGUGGCAAAUUUUCUGGACAGCUUAUACCCACAGGUUGUUGGUUAUACUCGUGGGAAAGUACAUGAAUUAGUAAUUAAAUCAUAUAAGAGCCGGGAAUUUGCUGCAGUAAUAAAUGAGGUUUUAUAUCCUUGGAUCAAUGCAAGACAGCCAAAGAAGGAAUUUAAAAAACAAAUAUAUAUUGGAAAUCAGAAGGUGACACACAUGCUUCGAAAAGAGCUCGAGUGCUGGUCGAUGAUAGUGAUGAAGAGGGUGGUUUUGAAGAUUGCAGCUUUAUUAUUGAGAACAAUGAAUCCACUGUUGAAGCUCUGUCUGGUGAUGUUACUUUCUCUAGAGAAGAAAGCGGCAUUACUGUUUCCAAGGAGGGAAGAUGGGGCUUAUUGGAUGGUCGAAUGUUGGCACGAAUCUUCCACUUCUUGAGGUCUGAUCUGAAGUCCCUCGUCUUUGCGUCCAUGACAUGCAAGCAUUGGAAGAAGCAUCGAUAAAUGUCAACUUGUCAUCCCUUGGUCAUUCUUGCACUGAUUCCAUACGGUGGAACAUUGUGAAUGCUUAUGAGAAAGACAAAAUCAAAUCUAUGAUUCUAAUGGGUUGUACCAAUAUUACUGCUGACAUACUAGAGAAAGUACUUUAGAGGGUGCAAUCAGUUUGAGGAGCUGACUCCUAAAUUAUUCAAGCGUUCAAAAUUAUAUGAUGCUAGAAAGAAUGGAAGAGUUUCUAGUUUCAAGACUGAGGGAAAUUAUGAAGGCAAAUGCUUGUGACUUUUUUGUGCCCAAGGUUGCAGUAAUUGAGGCAUGGGUUGAGCUCUGUGAAGGAGGGCAUAAGCAGAAUGUGCCGUGAUGCAAUGAAAAUCUCUCUUUCCAUAAUGGAAACUAUGCUUCUGAUACAGAAAUCAGAAGGCAUUUAUCAAAAAUAAAAAAUCUAUCGAUUCAGACAGCGAGACAUCUGAUGACCUUGAUGUGUCUUCUGAAGUGAAGUUGGCAAUAGUGAUGAUGAUACUUACUCAGACAGCGAGACAUCCUCCAAUACUGAUAGUUACUCAGAAGUUCAUUUAGAAAAUCGAACCAGGGAAUCAAAAGGUAAUGGAUACUGCAUACCUACCUUAUAAUGGGUUGGAUUUCAUUAGUGAUGAAUGUGAAUGGGGACAUUGCAUGACGAAAGCAAGUCUGGUUUCUCCUGUUACUCGGAAAUAUGAUGUCAUUGAUCAAUAUGUGAUUGUAGCUGAUGAGGUACUGAAUGAGUAUGAUAUGAAACACACUCCUAGAAAGAAAUCUUGAAAAUGAGGUCAUUGAGCAAGAGGUUUAUGGAAUUGAUCCCUCUACACACAAUCUUUUACUUGAUUCUAUGCCAGCCGAGUUAGAUUGGUCUCUACAAGAGAAGACACAGUCCUUCGGACAUUGGAUAUGCAAGUUAGGCAUUUUAGUGGAACUGGAACCACUCCAAUGAGUUACUCUUUGCAGCCUGUUAUCCUAGAGAUUGAAAGGUGUGCCGAGGAUCAGUAUGUGUCAAGGUAUCCUAAAAGCCAUGGACAAACGUCCUGAUGACAAAUAUGUAGCUUAUAGAAAGGGACUUGGGGUUGUUUGCAACAAAGAAGAAGGCUUCGCUGAAGAUGAUUUUGUUGUUGAGUUUCUUGGAGAGUUGUAUCCUGUGUGGAAGUGAUUUGAGAAGGUCAAAGAUUCAGCACCAGAAUUUUAUAACAUAUACCUUGAGAGGCCAAAGGGUGAUGCUGAUGGUUAUGACUUAGUUGUUGUUGAUGCCACGCAUAAGGCUAACCAUGCCAGUCGAAUAUGUCAUUCAUGCCGACCUAAUUGUGAAGCAGAGAUGAAAUAAAGCUCCCGGUUCAUUUCGAAGCAUACAUUCGUUCCUCUCUAUCAUUUACGCGCUUCGUCUUUGUCACUGCUUCUUCUUCACUUUGAGGCGGCUGGACAUUGAGGUGAAUGCUGGGUCAUCAUUCAUUAGGCAGUCAUUGUGGAGCCAAUUGUGGUUGAAGAUCUCGAUUCUGGAAAGAUUAUUAGAAUGAAUAUUAUUGUGGAGCUCAAUCGUUGUGGGGCCAAUAAUGAAUAUUAGAAUGAAUAUUAUUGUGGAGCUCGAUUUCUUUUUAUGUAAAAUCAAAUCGGGUUAUGUCGAGGCUUGGUUAGACUGAUGUUUUAGGCUUUUUCUUAUGUUCUGGAGAGUUAUAACUUUCCAGCAAGUGAUAAGGCACAGGUUUGUAGUCUUUCAAUUCUGUUUUAAUAUCCCUUAAGGCGUAGUAAUUUGACCUGCUUAUACAAACAACAACUGAGAUUGUUUGUGAUUGUUUAGGUAUAUGAGAAACAAUAACUUUUAACUAUAGCAGUCAAAAUGAAACAACAUAUUUUUCAUGGA